CAAUUAAAGGUAAAGUAAAGCUGAGAUGAGCAGCUGAUCUAGAUUAGUGCUGCCGCAGACUGCACUGGUUUCUGUGUUGUUGUUCAAUUGGCUCCAUGAGUUUAUUUUUACAGCUUCAGUCUCCCACAGGGGUAACACAAAGGCUAAACAAUAGCCCCACGCCCUCCCCUCCCUACGUAUCUCACUGCUGUGUAUAGAGAGCACGGAGCCAUAGCAACCGGUGUGUGUGCUGCAAACAGAGCCGCCUUCCCUGCACUCACCAACUCCCUGUGCAACUCCCUGUGCAACUCCCUGUGCAGCUCCCAGCCUUCCCAAGAUCUCUCACCCACACCAGGGCCCCUCUCUCACCUCCAAACACACCAGGGCCCCUCUCACUCCCCAAACACCCCAAGACUCUCUCACUCCCUGCCUAUCCUAGUAACACUGAUGGAUUCUACAGAAGAUCGUGAGACCCCCCUCAAAGAUCAAAUCAGGCGACUGACCAACGAAAAUGUUCAGCUGCAGGAUCGCAACGAGAGGUUAUAUGCCAAGCUGGGCGAGUUACAGGACAAGAUGGGCAAGCUGGCUGGGUCCAAGACAGACCUUUCAUCCAAACUUGUGCUCAGUGAGGAAGAAAAACUAAAGAUCUCUAAGGAACUAAUCGAACUUCAAAUUGAGACAAACAAGAUAAGAGAGCACUAUGAAGCAGAGACAUUUGAACUCAAGAACACUAUCUUGACUCUAGAGAACCGGUUGAUGUCACUAGAACUGCAGAAGGAGAAAUUGGCUGGAGAACAUGAAUCGGUGAAAGAACGUCUACAAGCUGUUGAUGCAAACCGCAAAGAACUUGCAGAUGAAUACAUUGUUCUGAAGAGCAACUACCUGGCCCUCAGCAAGGAGCAUGAAAAGGAGGUUGCUAAGAAUGAUGAGUUGAGCAUGGAACUUCUCAAUUUGGCCAGUAGAAGAGGACAAGAUGAGACCUACUCCCAAUCCAGAGCUUUGGUCAAUGAAGCCACAGCAGAGCUUGACCGAGUCAAAGCAAUGGUCAACAGACUCUCUGCCCGCAACAUCAAGCCAGAGGAUCUGGUGGCCACAGAAUAUGAACGGCAGAAACUGGAGAGAAAUCUUCUGGGGAACCAGGAUCACAUCAGGGAGGAGAUAGAGAAUAUGAAAAAGAUUCAUGAGACUCAGCAGCAGCGACUGGAGGAGAGAAUAAUUGCAAUGGGCAAGGAGCUGCAGGAAGCCAAAAGAGCCAUUCGCAACACACAACACAAGAUGGCGGAACAAUCAGCAGUUCUCCUGACAUCCCAGAGCCAACUACAAGAGACAGAGGCUCAGAAUUCCCAUCUCCAACUGCAGCUCAAGGAACUGAAUGAGGAAUAUCGCUCCAGGCUAAACCGCUACAUCCAGGAUCUGGCAGACUAUGUGGAUGGGACAGCGAGGGGCAAAGGAGACGGGACAAGAAUGAAACACUUUGUGGACAAUAUGCUCAGUGACAUCAAGGCCUCCCACCGCUCCAGAGAGGAGCAACUAGCAGGGGCUGCCAGGCAGUACAAGAAACGUAUGCAGAACCUCAUCAAGAAACACCAGAGCCUCCUCAUUGCCUACCGAAUGCAGAGAGAGCAACUGCUGGCGUCAGGGAACCAAGAUGUAGAGCCGGGACCCCCUGAGCACCAUUUCACCAUCACUGACCCAGAACUUCAGUCACAGGUGGGACUAGAGCUCAACCGACUGCGGGAGGACAAAGCCCGUCUGGAAACCCAAAUUCAUGAUUUAAAGGAGAAGAGGCUCUCGGAUGCUGGGACGUCCAAUCAGCAUGUGGAACAUGGUGGGAAACUUCAAGAAGAAAGUUGGGCAGAGAUUCGAAAGCAACUGCGAGAAUUCACUCACAACACACAGGAGGAGCUGGAGCGGGAGAGGAGUCACCUACUGUCCAGGGCUCUAGUGGCAGAGGAGCAAGUUGCUGAACUACAGGACUACGUGGACAAACAUCUAGCGAGGUACAAACAGGAGAUCUUGCGCCUUCGGAAACUCCUGGGCAACGAAGAACAAAGAGCAGUGAGUGCUGAUGCCCCCCAAUCUCUCCUUAUCCGAGCUCUACGGAGAAACAGCCAUGAGAUGUGAGAUAUCCCCUAGAGGACAUCAUUAGUACUGCAGCCCCAAUACUAACUGUAUCAUGUGAUCAGUCUCUACCAAUGAGAAGAGCAGUGGAGCAGUUAAUGGGCCAUUCGGUAAUAUUGGUGAGUUAUAAAGACUGAACCAAAGCCCUAAUACCCUGUGCCCUGUAUAUAUUUAUAUAUUUAUAAUUAUCCCCAGCCAAGAAAAGGAGCAGUAAUAAUAAAAGCUGAUUAUUGUUCAUAUACAGAGACACCUCCCGAUGACCCAAUGGAAACAGAACUUUCUAUAGAGAAUCAAAUAUUAAUAUUUAGAUAAAAUACAAAACUGAUUUUCUGAUUGAAAAUAAAUAUGUUGGGAGAAAAUAAAAUAAAAGCUCGUGUAAUUA